UGCUGUGGGAGCGGUUGCAGGACACCUCAUUCUACCAGGGUUCUGCUGGUCACCUUCUCAGCGCAACUCAGCUUAAUGAAGAGGAGUUACUUUAACUGAAAUACAUUUAACUGGCGAAAACGUCACUGUCCAAAGAGAACCACCUCUAACCACCCUGAGUUCUGCUGAUGGCAAUGUCUCACUGGGCCAGUCUCCUCUCCACUGCUGCCAAAGUCAACCUGCUGGUCUUGGUGGUUUCUGUGGUGUUUUCCCAGUCAAGCCUAAGCAACAGAGCUCCUGAGUUUGCCCUUACAAAAAUAGAAGAGAGCGACAUAAAAGAUGACAGUGGGAAAGAGCCGAUAACAGAAGAUGAUGCUGAUCCUGAAGACCUGGAAGUGUUUUACCCCACACAUCAGUGGCAAACCAUCCGUCCAGGUCAAGCUGUUCCUGCAGGGUCACACGUACGAUUAAAUCUGCAGACCGGAGACAGGGAAGCCAAGCUCCCAGAUAGCAAAAACGGAAGGAGUGACACAAGAGAAGAGAGAAGAAGAAAAAGGCUCGGCAAGGUGGAUGUUGACUCAAAUUCAUUCACGGCCCAGGAGCUGAAAAAAGCGUUGGCUAAAAUGAAGGAGAAUGAAAAGGCAGAAAGAAAGGCCCAUGAGGAAGAGGUGAGGAAGAAGUUUCGGCCCAUAGAGCAGCUGAAGGAGGAGUUUGAAAAGCUGAACAUGAAGAUGGAAACAGACUAUGAAAUUAUGGUUAAAUUAAUCAGCAAAUUCAACAGCUCUGCCUCCACGCUGGAUGAAAAAGUAGCGGCGCUUUAUGAUCUUGAAUAUUAUGUUCACCAGGUGGACAAUGCUAAGGACUUCCUCUCCAUGGGUGGACUCCAGCUUGUGAUCGAUGGGCUGAACAGCACCGAGGCCACACUGAAGGAGCAUGCUGCCUUCGUCCUGGGAGCUGCGCUGUCCAGCAACCCCAAAGUCCAGAUAGAAGCAAUCGAAGGGGGUGCACUGCAGAAGCUCCUGGUUAUUCUGGCUACAGAACAACCCCUGGCUGUCAAGAAGAAGGCUCUCUUCGCGCUGUCCUCCAUGCUGAGACACUUCCCCUACGCCCAGCAGCAGUUCCUCAAGCUGGGUGGCCUCCAGGUCCUCAGGAGCCUCUUCAGGCAGAAGGGGAUGGAGACCCUCCACAUCCGGGUGGUCACGCUCCUCUAUGACCUCAUCGUGGAGAAGAUGCUGCUUGAGGACUCGCAGCACGGAGAUCAAAUGGAAGAGAAAAUCCAGCAGUACCGGCAAGUCAAGCUGGUCCCGGCGGUGGUGGAGCAGGACUGGUGCGUGGUUGUUUCCAACCUGCUGGCCAUGCCGGAGCACGACACACGGGAGAAGGUCCUUAAGAUGGUCAGCGUGCUGAUGGCCUUCUGCAAGGAGCGCUACCGGGGGGACCAGGCCCUCAGCACCACCCUCGGCCUCCUGCGCAGCGAGUACGAGGAGCUGGCAGCAGAGGAGCAGAGGGAAGGUGACAAAGAGGGCUAUUUCAAGGAACUCCUUGGCUCUGUAAAUACCAUCAUUCAGGAAUUAAGAUGAAAAUAGCUGUAGAUUCAGUUCAAUUCCAGAUAAUUCAGGGCAACAGCGUGAAUUUUGAUGGCACCAGUGUAAAUGCACUUUUGAAUAAACUGCUGGACUAAAUGAGAUCCCACCACUGGGCAAAUGUGCCAACAGCUUCAUUAUU